UCCACAUCCAAAAAUUCAAAAACCAAAAAGAAAAUGCUUCAAAUUUUUGAACCCUAGCUAGCUGCGAUCAAAUCCACAUUCCUCUCUUCUUCAAUCGAUUCAUCAAUCCGUUGAAUUAUCUCGAAAAUGAUGAAACCAAAUUCUCCGACGUCGUCCCCGGUGACGAUCACGGUUACUUCCACCGACGGAUCUCGCAGCGCCGGACUGACAAGCCCCAAGCUCCGCCGCCAAUCGAUCUCGAACAACAACAACAACGCCUCCCCGCUCUCCGAUAACCGCCGCUACAGCUCCGGAGGCCGCCGCCUGGCCUUCUCGAAGGAAUCAGCCGACGAAUUCGUCGCCUACACGGUCCAAAUCCCGUCGACGCCGGAGCAUCGCCCCCUCACCGACUCCCCCCCUCUCUGCUCCGGCAAAAAUUCUUUCAUCAAGGACGCGAUCUUCACCGGCGGAUUCAAUUCCGUCACGAAGGCGCACAUGAGGAAAAGCUCCGACGGAAUUCCUUCGGCGACGAAGUCGAAAUCGGUGUGCGGAAUGGACGGCUGCGACGAGAAAGCAGCGGGAGGGAGCUUCAAGAGCUACUGCGACUGUGGAUUCACCAUCUGCCGCGAUUGCUACUUGGAUUGCGGCGGCCAUUGCCCCGGCUGCAAGGAGCUCUAUAAAGGCGAAUCCGAGGAGGAGGCCGAGGCCGAAGACGAGGAAGAGGAGGAUCAGGCGAAUCCGCUGCCGGAGUGGGGGAAAGGAGCUAGAUUAGACAAAAACCUCUCUGUUGUGCAGUCUUUCAAAAACACUAACCACGAUUUCGAUCACACGCGUUGGCUCUUCGAAACGAAGGGGACUUAUGGCUAUGGAAAUGCUCUGUGGCCUUCAAAUGGCUACGAAUUUGGAAGAGGAAAUGGUAACAGAUAUGAAACCCCUCCUGAUUUCACAGAUAAAAGAAACAGACCUUUAACUAGAAAAGUUGCAAUUUCUGCAGCAAUUCUCAGUCCUUACAGAUUGUUGAUUGCUAUUCGUUUAAUCGUCCUUGCUUGCUUCCUCACAUGGCGGAUUAUGCAUCCCAACCGCCAAGCAAUCUGGCUAUGGCUAAUGUCGGUUAUCUGCGAAAUCUGGUUCGCCUUCUCAUGGCUGCUCGACCAGCUCCCGAAGCUCUGCCCGGUGAAAAGAGUCACCGAUCUCGCCGUGCUAAAAGACCGGUUCGAGUCGUCGGAGCCUAAUCUCCGAAACCCGAAGAAGUUCUCCGAUCUACCGGGGAUCGACGUGUUCGUCUCCACGGCCGACGCUGAUAAAGAGCCGCCUCUCGUGACUGCCAACACGAUCCUAUCCAUCCUCGCGGUUGAUUACCCUGUUGAGAAAGUUGCUUGCUACUUGUCCGACGACGGCGGGUCGCUGGUCACGUUUGAGGCUGUGGCGGAGGCGGCGAGCUUUGCGAGGAUUUGGGUUCCGUUCUGCCGGAAGCAUAAGAUUGAGCCGAGGAAUCCGGAGGCGUAUUUUGGGCAGAAGAGGGAUCCGUUGAAGAAUAAGGUGAGGCUGGAUUUUGUGAGGGAUAGGAGGAGGGUGAAGAGGGAGUAUGAUGAGUUUAAAGUGAGGAUCAAUGCGUUGCCGGAGACGAUAAGGCGGAGGUCGGACGCCUACAACGCGCAGGCGGAGUUGAGGGCGAAGAAGAAGGAGGUUGAGCUCGGGGAGGGCGGUCUUCCUGAGGCUGUCAAGGUCCCGAAGGCGACUUGGAUGGCCGACGGGAGCCAUUGGCACGGGGCAUGGCCUUCGGCCGAGGACGGCCAUUCCAGAGGCGAUCAUGAGGGCAUCAUACAGAUUAUGCUUGUUCCGGCUAGUCCAGAGCAGCAAUUCGGGCAAGAGGCCGACGACGAGAACCUCAUCGACACGACGGACGUGGACAUCCGGACGCCAAUGCUAGUCUACGUCUCCCGCGAGAAGCGGCCAGGGUUCGACCACAACAAGAAAGCUGGUGCCAUGAAUGCAUUAGUCCGCGCUAGCGCCAUCAUGUCGAACGGGGCCUUCAUCCUCAACCUCGACUGCGACCACUACGUCUACAACUCGACCGCCAUCCGCGAAGGCAUGUGCUUCAUGCUCGACCGGGGCGGCGACAAGAUAUGCUACGUCCAGUUCCCCCAGCGAUUCGAAGGCAUCGACCCCAACGACCGCUACGCCAACCACAACACGGUCUUCUUCGACGUCAGCAUGCGCGCCCUCGACGGCCUCCAGGGCCCCAUGUACGUCGGCACUGGCUGCAUCUUCCGCCGCAUCGCCUUAUACGGCUUCAGCCCACCCCGCGCCACCGAGCACCUCGGCUGGUUCGGCCGCCGCAAGCAUCGCAAGCAACUCCUCCGCAACAAAAACAAAGACCAGCCAGACAAUGAGGAAAAUGAAAUACUCAUCCCCAUAAACAGCAACGGCGAAAACGACAACGACGAAGCCACAAGAAGCUCCCUUUCAAAACAAUUCGGAAACUCAACCACUCUAAUCGACUCGAUCGGAGUGGCCGAGUUCGGCGGGAGGCUCAUCCACGAGCUCCGAGGCAAAGGCUGCCUUGGACGCCCGUCUGGCUCUCUCGCAGUGCAGCGAGAGCCGUUAGACGCGUCAGCGCUGGCGGAGGCCGUCAGCGUGAUCACGUGCUUCUACGAGGAUAAAACAGAGUGGGGGAAGAGAGUAGGCUGGAUCUACGGUUCGGUGACAGAAGACGUCGUGACAGGAUACAGAAUGCACAACCGAGGAUGGCGCUCAGUCUACUGUGUCACCAAGCGCGACGCCUUCCGCGGAACCGCUCCGAUCAACCUCACCGACAGGCUAAUCCAAGUCCUCCGGUGGGCAACCGGCUCGGUCGAGAUCUUCUUCUCACGAAACAACGCGAUUUUCGCGUCUCCUCGGAUGAAAUUCCUCCAGCGGAUCGCCUACUUCAACGUCGGAAUAUAUCCUUUCACCUCAAUUUUCCUCCUAGUCUACUGCCUCCUUCCGGCGCUCUCGCUCUUCUCCGGCGAAUUCAUCGUUGCGACGCUCGAUGUCACGUUUCUAGCGAUGCUAUUGACGAUCACGGUGACACUGUGUCUACUUGCCUUGUUAGAAAUCCGAUGGUCGGGGAUAACGCUGCACGACUGGUGGCGGAACGAGCAGUUCUGGCUGAUCGGAGGGACGAGCGCGCAUCCGGCGGCGGUGGUGCAGGGUCUGCUGAAGGUGAUCGCGGGGAUCGAGAUCUCGUUCACGCUGACGUCGAAGUCGGGGGUGGCGGAGGACGGGGAGGAGGAGUUUGCGGAGCUGUAUGAGUUCCGGUGGACGACGCUGAUGGUGCCGCCGAUGACGAUUAUUAUGUUCAAUGCGAUAGCGGUGGCGGUGGCGGUGUCGAGGACGGUGUAUAGCCCGUUCCCGCAGUGGAGCAGGCUGGUGGGGGGAGUGUUUUUCAGCUUUUGGGUGCUGUCGCAUUUGUAUCCGUUUGCCAAGGGGAUGAUGGGGAAGAAGGGGAAGAUACCGACGAUUGUGUAUCUGUGGUCGGGGUUGGUAUGCAUUGUGAUUUCGUUGCUCACGGUUUAUGUGUAUCCGCCUGCGGGGAGUUUUCAGAUGCGGUGAUGGAUGGAUGGAUGGAUGAAGAUAGUUGUUAGUUGGUUUCUGUUGUGUGUUUGUGGAAAUGAAGUUAUGCUUUAACUUCGUUUUAGUUUGUUUCUUUUAUUAAAAAAAACUAUUGUUUGUAGUUUUUGUGGAGAUUGGUGUAUCAGUUUGAAAGAUUUGUGAAGAAAUGAAAGUGAAAAUUAUGGAA